AUGAUCAAAACAUGCAAUCCUCCGGGCGUGAUCGGCAAGUCAUAUGAUAAGACGGCGGAGCUGCUCAACCAUUUCAAGACGACCAGGGAUUUGAGUGGCUACGAUGAGCUCAUGGCCGACGCCACGUCCCUGCCGUCGCUGACCACAGAGGCCGCUGUUGAUGGCAUGGACAAGAUUGUCGAGAAGGCCAAGAAGAAAUAA